AUGUAUGCCUCCUCCGGUCGAUCGAUCAACCUCCUGCGUGUCGGAAACCUUCGUGAUGAUGAACUUUAUCCAUCUCGUGAUUAUAAAGACGCAAUAAGCAUGGAAAUAACUUCGGCUGAAGGUCCAAAAUGCAAGUUUUUUAUGUGGAAAGACAAAGCAAUGGAGGAGGGUUACUACAAAGACCAGCUUCGCAAGAUGAGGUUUAAGCUGAAAAGGAAAGAAGACUUCAGUGAAGUUUUGAAGGUUCAAAAGAAGUUGGUUAAGCUGCAGCAAGCUAUGGAAGCAAAUAAGCAUGUGUCUGAGACACAAUUGACGAAGUUGAUGAAACAAAACAAUCUGCUGAAGUGUGGGAUCUUUGUUAUGGUCACUGUAGUCAUUUCCAUGUGGUUGAAGUGCCCUUGA